AGACGCUAAGUAGCAGUCAGAAGUAGAUGCUAAAAGAGUUUACAAACCCCAAAAGAAGGUGUCCUUUUACCAUUAUCUACUUGAAGGGGAUCAAUGCCUAGAAAUCACAGUGGAAGGAGUAGAGAGGCUCGUCAGCUAAAACGACAAAAGGAAGAAGAGGAAAUCCAAGAGCUAAAUGCUCAAAUAAAUGAGUUUCCUGGAAAUGCAACGCAUUUUUUCGAUUUACCAAUUACACAACCGACGAAAAGCGCUUUAAAAAAUGCUCAUUUCACUACUUUGACAGAUAUUCAGCGACAGGCAAUUCCUGAAGCAUUGAAAGGUAGAGAUAUUUUAGGUGCGGCCAGGACCGGUAGUGGUAAAACAUUGGCGUUUCUUGUUCCUUUGAUCGAAAACCUGUACCGUCGUAAAUGGACCCAGUAUGAUGGUUUAGGUGCGCUGAUUAUAUCUCCCACUCGAGAGUUGGCCAUUCAGACCUUUGAAACUUUGGUCAAAGUAGGCCGUCUUCAUUCCUUUUCCGCUGGUUUAAUCAUUGGCGGUAAUAAUUACAAAGAGGAGCGGGAACGUCUUUCUCGUAUGAAUAUCCUUGUUUGUACCCCAGGAAGACUUCUGCAACACAUUGACCAAGCAAUUAAUUUCGAUACCUCCAAUUUACAAAUGGUUAUUUUAGACGAAGCCGACAGAAUUCUCGAUAUGGGAUUCAAGUCUACUUUGGAUGCAAUUGUUGCUAGCUUACCGAAAGAGCGUCAGACGAUGUUGUUUUCGGCAACUCAGACUAAAUCCGUUCGUGACUUGGCUCGUUUGUCUUUGCAGAACCCUGAAUACAUUGCCGUCCACGAAAAUGAGAGCAGCAGUACUCCCGAAAGCUUAAAUCAGUUUUACCUGGUCUGUCCUUUAACUGAGAAGCUUGACAUUCUAUUUGGUUUUAUUCGUACUCAUUUGAAAAAUAAGUCUAUCGUCUUUCUUUCGUCCUGUAAACAGGUGCGAUUUGUCUUUGAAACAUUCCGUCGAUUACGUCCAGGUGUUCCUUUGAUGCACCUGCAUGGCAAGCAGAAACAGGCUUCGCGUACUGAGAUUACUGCAAAGUUUACUGCUUCUCAGAAUGCCAUUUUGUUUUGUACCGACAUCGUUGCAAGAGGACUUGAUUUUCCUGCUGUUGAUUGGGUCGUCCAGUUGGAUACUCCUGAAGAUGUUGAUACUUAUAUUCAUCGAGUGGGUCGUACAGCCCGCUUUCAGAGGGGUGGUAAUGCAUUAUUGUUGCUACUUCCUUCUGAAGAAGCUUUCCUUAAGCGAUUGGAGUCUAAAAAGAUAUCCGUAGAGCGUAUAAACAUUAAAGAAGGAAAGAAGACAAGCAUCCGCAAUCAACUUCAAAAUCUUUGCUUCAAGGAAAAUGACAUCAAAUAUCUUGGACAAAAGAGUUUUAUUUCUUAUCUACGUUCUGUAUAUUUGCAGAAGGAUAAGGAAGUUUUCCAAUUUGAUAAGCUCCCAUUUGAGGCGUAUGCAGACUCUCUUGGUCUUCCAGGUACUCCUAAAAUCAAAUUCGGUGCUUCCCGAAAAGAAAGGGCCGGAUCUGUUGAAGACAACAAGACGAAAUUAACUUCUACAUCUCCUUCGGAGGCAUCAUCUGAAAGUGAGUCCGAAGACGCCAACCAACCUAAAAGCGUCCGUACUAAGUAUGAUCGUGUUUUUGAAAGGAAGAAUCAAGAUAUUUUGGCUCCUCAUAGACAAAAGCUUGUAGAACGUGAUGAAGGCGAUGAUGAAGACGAAGACUUCUUACAGGUGAAACGAGCCGAUCAUGAUUUACCAGACGAGCAUACUGAGGCUGAAGAAAAUAAGCUGAUUAUUAAUUCAAAACGUAAAGAAAGACUAGCUGCAUCUAAGAAAGCUUUAUUAAAGUAUAAAAAGGGACCGGAUAAGAUAUUCUUUGACGAGGAAGGAAAUGCUGUUCCGUUUUAUGCUGUCAAUACUGAGGAAACUUUCCGUAAAUCUGGUGACCCUUCACUCUUGAUUCAAGCUCACUUAGCAGCUGAAAGGGAUGCAUUAGAAAAAGCCGAUGCAAAAGACAAAGAAACUGUAAAGGAGAAACGUCGUGAAAAGAAAAGAAGACGUCAAGAAUUAGAGCGUCGUGCUGAAGAAGGCGACUUCUCUUCCGGUGACGAAAAUGAAGCUGUAGUCCAAGUUGCGAAUGAAGACGCCGAUGAAACCAUUGGUGAAAAGAGACCAAAGAAAUGGUUUGAGGACAGCGAUCACGAUGAAGAGCCAAAUAAUGUCAUUGAAGUUGAGCAGCCCACAUCGCUUGAAGACCAAGAGGCAUUGGCUCUUCGACUUAUGGGAUCUGCUUAAAAGUAAAUUUUUAAAAAAAAGACUCAAUGAGUUUAUUUUUUCUGUAAAUUAUGAAUUGGUUAUUCUGGGAGUUUAUCAUAAAAAAUAAAACAGUAAUUACGAAGAGAAACUGAAUGUUUAUUUGGUUUACAAUAAUUUUGGACAUACACUGGUAUAAAGGGUUAUAGAUAAAUAAAUAUAUAA